AUGACGUUUUACAUUCAUUUGCUUAUGAAUUCGCGAGUAUCCGCAGCGGGGCUCCACGCUUCUCCGAGGGCGCGAGACGAGGCCGCGUCCAGGGACUUCUUCGGCGGAGGCGGCGAAUCCCGGAAACAGUCGGGUUUUCUCCUGGUCGACCCCUGGAGGUUGGCAACCCGGCCAGCCUGCGCGCCGGAACCCACCAGAGGAGGAGCCCCGCCUCUUGAUGCCGCCUCUUCCGGCUCUUGGAACGCCCGGAAGCGGAAGAGCCCUCAUCCGGAAGCGCCGCUCUGGCCUUUGAAAACCCACUUCCUGUCUUCCUCCCGCCUCCUGCGGCGCCGCGCCCAAUCGGAAGAGGAGGGGCCUGAGUGGCGGGUGCGGUGGCCAACCAGAGAGGCGCAGUGGCUCUUCCCCUCCGGAAGUCGUCCUGGGCGCGGAAGGAGGCCUGAAGGGAGCGAGAGGCCCUCGGGGCUCCACAGCAGCCGCUUCUUUCUUCCCGGGCCUGGGAUGGCCUCCUUCGCCCGGCUGAGGGCCUUGGGGGCCCCCCUGCGCUUGGGUUCUUCUGCUGCCCUUCUUCAGCCUCCAGUGUUGGCUUCAGCAAGACCGGCAAGCGCCUCCAUGGCCACCCUCAACCAAAUGCACCGCUUGGGUCGCCACAAGUUGCCCCCUCCGAAGCCUGGCCUCUUGGAUGGAUGCCCGCAGCUGAAGGCGGUGGUGCUCAAGACGCUGAUCCGCAAGCCCAAGAAGCCCAACUCAGCCAACCGGAAGUGUGUCCGCGUCCGCCUUAGCACAGGCAAGGAGGCCAUUGCCUUCGUCCCUGGCGAGGGCCACAAUCUCCAGGAACAUAACAUUGUCAUGGUGGAGGGGGGUCGCACCCAGGACCUGCCUGGCGUCAAGCUCAAGGUGGUACGUGGCAAGUAUGACUGUGCCCAUGUUGGCAAGAAGAAGUGAGCUCGCGAGAGGGCCUCUUGACUGAGCCCUGCCCUCCCGUCACCACGUCUGACUGUGGCUUCCCGUUUUUUUUGGAAUGGCGUUAUAUCUGCUGGGGUGAAGACAGUUGAGUCAGAAUAAAGCAGCACCAAGGCUUGGGUUUCUCGUCUGGCACAGACUCGAGUGUGUUUCAGCCUCCAUCUGUCCAGCCUGUCUCUGACCUGUGUCAGUCUCAGCUGCAUGCAGUUUCUGUAGUUUCUCUGCCAUAAAACCUCAGUUUUGCUCAA